GGGGGACUCGGAGCGAGAAGGAGACCCGAGGAUCGACUCUCCUCGGCCGGGUUCAACUUGGCCGGCACCGCGGUGACGGGCCGGAGGGGAAAACAUCCCCAAAACAAAACAAAACAAAAACCCAAAGGAUUUUUUUGUUGUUGCUGUUUUUUUUUUUUGUAUUUUUUUUUUUUUUUUUUUUUUUUUUGCUUUUUAACAUUUUUUUGUUGUUGAAUGUAACCACCUCCCCACUCUAUUUUUGUUUGGAUUUGCUAAUUUGCCGUGCAAGGCUGGCUUCCGAGCGGAUUUAAGUGCGGGACUCGAAUCACGAACUGCGGGCGGCGAGGAGGCUCAUGGCGCAAAGGUACGACGACUUGCCCCACUACGGGAUGGACGGGGUGGGCAUCCCGACCACCAUGUACGGAGACCCGCACGGCGCGCGCUCCAUGCAGGCCGUGCACCUCAACCACGGGCCCCAGCUGCACUCGCACCAGUACCCGCACACGGCGCACACCAACACCAUGCCCCCCAGCAUGGGCUCGUCGGUCAACGACGCGCUCAAGAGGGACAAGGACGCCAUAUACGGGCACCCCCUGUUCCCGCUGCUUGCACUGAUUUUCGAGAAAUGUGAAUUAGCCACGUGCACCCCCAGAGAGCCCGGCGUGGCGGGAGGGGACGUGUGCUCGUCGGAGUCCUUCAACGAGGACAUCGCCGUCUUUGCCAAACAGAUUCGUGCAGAAAAACCUUUAUUUUCGUCAAAUCCAGAACUGGAUAAUCUGAUGAUUCAAGCCAUUCAAGUGUUACGGUUUCAUCUGCUGGAGCUGGAAAAGGUGCACGAGCUGUGCGACAACUUCUGCCACCGCUACAUCAGCUGCCUGAAGGGCAAGAUGCCCAUCGACCUGGUCAUAGACGACCGCGAGGGCGGCUCCAAGUCGGACAGCGAGGAGAUCACCCGCUCUUCUGUGGCCCUCGACCAGACGUCGUGGAACCGAGACCACGACGACACGGCGUCCACGCGCUCCGGGGGCACGCCGGGCCCGUCCAGCGGCGGCCACACGUCGCACAGCGGCGACAACAGCAGCGAGCAAGGCGACGGCCUGGACAACAGUGUGGCCUCGCCGAGCACGGGCGACGACGAUGACCCGGAUAAGGAGAAGAAGCGCAACAAGAAGAGGGGCAUCUUCCCCAAGGUGGCCACCAACAUCAUGCGGGCGUGGCUCUUCCAGCAUCUAACGCAUCCGUACCCGUCAGAGGAACAGAAGAAGCAGCUGGCACAAGACACGGGCCUCACCAUCCUACAAGUCAACAACUGGUUCAUCAACGCCAGGAGGAGAAUAGUGCAGCCCAUGAUCGACCAGUCGAACCGCGCAGUAAGUCAAGGAGCUCCCUAUAAUCCAGAUGGCCAACCGAUGGGGGGCUUCGUCAUGGACGGCCAGCAGCACAUGGGAAUCAGACCACCUGGACCAAUGGGCGGCAUGGGCAUGAACAUGGGCAUGGAAGGUCAGUGGCACUACAUGUAGCCCCGCCCCCACCCCGGGGCCGACCAAUCGCAACACCAAGGCGAACGAGCGCAGGGCGCAGCAGAGGCGUACGUACGGAUUUCAGGGGACGGGAUUCCAACGGCGACCGUCUUGCUUCCUGCGCACUUCCGAGACCCCUUCCACUUGUUUAUUAUGACCCGGACGAAAAGCCCCCAAAUCCAGACAGACCGGCCGCCACUUUCACCAGUUCGUUCGCCGCCGCUUUUCGGUCCCAGUUCCCAGGACUCUUUUGAGACUUCCUGUGGCGCUCCCGUAAAAACUGUUUCGGGGACGACCGCCACCGCCGCGAUGACGACGACGACGACGACGACGACGAGAGCGAGGACAAGCCAAUGUCUGUAAACCUGACACGACACUUAAGAAACCAAAACAGAAGGUGCCCAGUUAAAAACAGGAACAAAAAAAAAAACCAACAAAAAAAAAGCGAGAAAAAUCCAGAAAAAUACGGCCAAGGGAAAGGACGUGAAAAGUUAAAAAAAAAAAAAAAAAAAAGUAUAUGGAGCCCGUUGUUUGGGAAGCAAGCAGAGAGAGGAAAUACGUAAACUGUAAAUGAUGCUGGACUCUCACAAGAACUGCAAAGUCAACUAUUGUAAAUGCUAUUGUAUUGUUCUGCAUAUUAUGUUGUUUCUAAUAGAUUUUUUUAAAAAAGCUCUCCUCUUUUUUUCCCCCCUUCCUCUCUAUACACACUACAUAUACACAUGGAUAGCUAUAUAUAAUAUAUACACAUCAGUAGAAAAAGCGGUCAUCUUAUGAGAGAAAAUUGAACUAAAAAAAUGACAAAAUGCUGCCUUUUUUUAUCUGGAAAAAUAAUCUGAUCUCAAAAAGUUUUUUUCCUCAAAAAUGCAAAUAUUCUUCAAAAAGAAUUCACAAAAAAAUGGGGUUUUUUGUUCCUUGAAAAAUCUAACUUUACCAUGACUUUUUCCGUGAAAAAAAAUGUUACUGCUUUUAGUCCAGAAAAAUAGAAAUGAAAAAUUUGGAAAUAAAUAUUUUCAUUAAAAAAGUAUCACUACAUUCUUGAAAAAGGGGACUUUUUGCUUGAAAAAUAAUUUACUUUAUUCCUAAUAGCAAAAACUUUUUUUUCCUAGCAAGUUUUUGUAAUACCAUCGAUUUUUCCUGGGGGCGGGGGUUACUUUUUUUCCUCCAAAAAAUACAAAUCUCAAAAAUUGUUUUAAAGAAAAAUGUACAACUUUAUUCUAAAAAAAUAACUUAUUUCCACGGACAAAAAAGACCUUAUUAGACAAAAAUUCCAACUUUUUUUCUUUAAAUUGUGACCUUGGAAAAUACAAUUUAUUUCCGGGGGGGAGGGUCACGCAAACAAAAGGGACUUAUUUUUCCCUUUUCCAUUUACAUUUUUUUUUCUCCUAAAAGAAAUGAAAUUAACAGAAAAGUUGUGUGCGUGUGUUCUCAAGUUCAUGCUAAAAAAAAAUUAUAAUAAUUGACUCCUUUGAAGACGCUUUUUUUGUUUGUUUUUUUACUUUGAAUUUUGUACAUUUGUGUUGUAAAUAUAUUCUCUGUGCUCUUCGAGCCGUAUCCUAAAUAUAUUCUUUAAAUCCCACACAAAUAAACAGGUGUGUUUACAUGCUCUUAAAGGAACCUGCACGGCCACACGCUGGUCGUUUUUCACCCCGUGCCGAACUUCAUAGCCACUUUCGAAUACUUUGAUAUCCUGCUGCAUUAAAAGUGAUUUUGCUGCUUUUGAA